GCGGCGACGUCGUCGGCAUCCCAACAUUCCCAACAUCCCCAACGCUCCCGACGGCCCAACGGCAGUGGGGACGUCCACCUGUGCGAGAGAUGCGAGGUGGAUUACGGAGAGCCGCGACUCGCGACGCGAUCACCGCGUGACGGACACGUCCGUCCGAUCGCGUUCCCCCCUGCGCUUGGACAAGGUCGCUCGCUCUCUCGUGCGUUGCUCGCAUCGCGUCGCGAGCGUACGCCCGAUAAGCGGCGGGCGAUACGGCCAGCCGGAGUCCCCCGGAGCUGUCGCACGCCGCCCUAUCAUGAUAAACCGACCGAGAUAAUGAGAGAUAACGAGUCGUCGUUCGCGUGGACGGCACAGCACCAUAGGAAUGCGAGCCGUGUGCGACUGGUAUGAGUCAUUUGGACAUUGAUUCCUGUGUACGUUCAAGGGAUUCCAGGCUCGUCAAAGAAAAAAAAUGAGUCCGAUCAGAAUCACCACUGCAGACAGCCUCGACUACCGUUACAUACCAAUCGCAAAAAACAGCGUUAGCAUAGGCGUCAAAGCUAGCCACGAUGCGCGAAUCGCCUUGCGGACACACCUCGGCGGCGAUUCCAAUGUGUACGAGAUUAUCAUUGGCGGAUGGGGAAACACUAUGUCGGCGAUAAAAAGAAAUAACACGGAACCGGACGUGGCGGAAGCGGACACCAGGGACAUACUGAAUCCCGACGAGAUGUGUGAUAUUUUCAUACAGUGGUCUUGCGACGGGCUGUUAAGCGUCAGCCGCGAGGAUGACUUUGACAUACCGUUUAUGUCUUAUAAAGACAGAAGCCCGUUUGUCAUAAAUUAUAUAGGAGUUAGUACUGCUUGGGGUGCAACUGGAGAGUGGAUAAUCGAAGAAUGCCAGUAUACGUCGUCCGCCAUCAGGCAGCAGCUGAUGGACACGUGCCACUUCUGGGUGGACUUCAACGAGGCGUUCGGACUGCCUCGCAACGCGGUGAUGGCCUCCGAGGACGGUCUGUACAUCGGCCGCGCGCAUCACCAGGGCACGGUGACGCCAGGCGGCAUUCGCGACAACGUCUGCGUAAUCGCCUGGGGCGGCAAUGCCCACGAGAAGCGGGAGUACCAAGUGCUGUGCGGCAAGGAUGUGAGCUGGGUCAAGUCCUGGGAGGGUAGCGUGCCCCUGCACGCUUUGCCCGCCGGCGAGACCGAGGAUGGCUACGCGCUGUUCGUCGGCAGGGUGUUGCACGAGGGUGUCUAUCACAUCGGCAAGAUACAGCCGAAUCACCAAGUGUGCUAUAUACCGCUGAACGGCCAGGAAAUGCCCUACCUAGAGUACGAGGUCCUGGUCAUACAUGACAACUACGGGGUCGAAUGCAUUGGGAGAUAAAGCGGCGGACGACUUAAAGACAGAAUGUAUGUAUUUUUCCACGAGACGAAGUAUUUUCCUCAUGCUGUAGUUAAAUGCGACCAAUCCACUGCCCGUACAGCACCGAAAGAUUGCAGAAACAUCGCAUACACCUGUCGCUGCAACAUUGUAACAUUGCAUGGAGGUUGCGAAAUGUUUCAGCAACGUUGUUGCGAGCUUGCAGCAACAUUGAAAUGUCCUCCCUCAGACACCUUAGAAUGUAACAAUGCAGUAAUGGCACGGUGCAAUGUAUUUGUAAUAUUGAUUUCGUUAUUUAAUGAUUAUGCGUUAUUUAUAUAAAUAUACAGGAUAUUUAGGAUUUCAAUAGGUUGUUCGGAAAGCUCGUUUUAAAUUUCCUACAUAUGUAUGAUAUAUAGGAAAUGUCUCCGAAUCGUCUGUGCAAUAUUACAUUGCAAUUUGCAAUGUUGCAAUGUUUCUGAAAUGUUUCUGAAAGCUUUGGUGCUGUAUGGGUGUGUAGAGUUUCAAUUGGAGAGACGUCUGUGUUCGUGUACGCACAUCAGUUUCAUAAUGAUUCAGUACAAUUUAUAAUGUUUUUUAUGGAUACAAAAUGUCGCGAAUGAUAUUUAGUAUUGUUAAUGCGAUAUUAAUCUCUGGAAAAUGUUUCUUUAUUUAAUAUUCACUAAAAAAAAUUUUAAAUAUUCUAUAUUUGUUUGAUAAUUUUUAUCCCGUAAAGUUGGUAUAACUUACGUGACUCCAAUUGAAAUAAUAAAAGUGGAUUAAAUCGACCCAAGCUAAAAAAGUAAAUAGUGGAAUGGAUCAGAAUUAAAAGAAAUCAUUAGCGAAACAGUUAUUGGGAUCGAUUUCUAUUAAUUCUCGCCAGUUCCGUUUUGAACGUAAUGUAAUUGUAUGAUAAUUAUACAUAUAUUGACCUCAAUAUGAAUUAAUUGUAAUUUAUAGUCGACGAGCGCAAUUCAAAGACAUAUUUUUUUAUGAAUACCGUAUGGAAAAUUGUCGCAAAUGGUGUUGGUUCCAUUCCUAUAUACAAACAAGCUAAUAUAUUUAAACCCGAUAUUAUUUGUACAGACACUAAUUAGCAAGUGUAAAUAGUCGUCAAGCGAUACUUAGCUGCUGAAAACUUAUUAUUUAGCUGAAGAUAGAAAAAAAGACCACGGAUGAAAAUCUGAUAUAGUUUCUCGUAUCUGAUCGCCAGAUUAUUUAUCGUCAUAAGUAACGUUAUUAAAUUAUCGCAAAAUUUACUUUUUGCACGCAUAAAAGAGGGGGAGGGGGAUAUUUAUCAGUUUCAUGUGUUCCGAAAAUGAUAUUGAUUUGUGGAUAGUUUAAUCUUGUACGUGAGAGAUGCUAGUUGUAUUAUUAUACUUGUUUAAUUUAGUGACUACUCAGGGUUUUACAAUUAAUCCACAAAUGAUGGCCAAUGUAAGACGUAAAACAGAAUCCUAAUAUUUUAUCUACGAUAUUGUGAUAUGAUAAUAAACAAACCGACAGCAGAACGAUGCGAACCAAAAGAAGCACUCGCCUUAAUCUAGAAUAAUUUAAUGGCGAGUGUUCUACAGUCUGUUAGUAUCCGUAGUGUACGUUUCUUUUCGCGUCGAGCAGUUUCUCUUCUUUAUUGCACACAAACGCUCGGAUGUUGUACAAGUUUAUGAGCGAAGCUGCACAAAUUUAUCUAGGACUCUUUAAUUGAAAGUGCUAUUUCGAUAAGAGAGCACAAUUGUACUUUCCUAUAUCUGUUAUUUAUGUAUAAGAGAUGUACGUAGCUUGUAAUAUAACAAAUGUAAUUAAUAGCGUGAUUAAAACGCGAUGUAAAUUCCUGUGAAACAUGUAACGCGUCGUAUUGCAUGUAUAUGAUUGAUGGGAUAGCGAAGUUUUUAUGAAAUUUAUUACACGUGUGUAAUGAAUUUAUAGAAAUUCCAUAUGCAAUUAAUUUUCUGUCUUUUAUAAUUAAAAAUUUAUAGGAGCUAGAAGCACGACUGUGUAGAUAAUAGUUUCAAACUACCUUCAAACGCUUAAGAGACGAGAAGAGCCGAGAGCCCUAGUAGCACAAUGCAUUGACCAAACAUUGGUUAAACAUUGGCCCAAUAUUUGGUUGUUCUGGGCCAAUGUUUAGCCAAUGCACUGUGCUACUAGGGAGAUUGUUCGACGGACAAGGAGAUACAGCAAAAGUCUUUCCGCAUCUUUUGCGAUUAUAAUUAUGUGUUAGAAAAUGUUUUGCGUAACGUAACAUUGUUGUACAUCUUAAAAAUGUUAGAAGUAGGACAAGAAUGUUAAAGUCAGAAGUGUUCUGAGAAAAACAUAUUUAGGAUAAAAGACGGAGGUAUUAAUUUCUCUUUGGGUGGAAGGUAUCUUUUUCGAGAUGCCGGAUUCCGCAUGUACAUAUAUACCAUAAUAUGUGUACAUUACGCAUACGCAGUGAUGUUAUAGUAUUUUAUUAUAUCAUUGCACAAUGUAAGUAUUAUUUCUUCUCAAUAUAUUGUAAUAUAGCAAUCGU